AUGUUCUUCGCAAACUCGACGUUGAAUUCCCUCCUCGCCGUCGUCCUCCUCUCCCUUCUAACCGCUUACAUAGUCUACUCCGUUAUCAACUCGCCGAUCCGACACAUACCCGGCCCUUGGCACACCCUUAUAACCCACUACCCGCUCAAGUACUACGUCCUCACCGGCCAGCGCAUGUACUACGUCCAUGCCCUGCACGCACGUUACGGCCCUGUCGUCCGAAUAUCGCCGUCGGAGGUAGCAGUCUGUGACCCGGACGGCUACGCCGCGAUCCAUCGCAUCGGAGGCGGCUUCCUCAAGUCGGCAUGGUACGAAGAGUCGACGCGGUCGGACAGCGGGGAGACGAGCAUCUUCGCCAUGUCAGACCCGAGACAACAUGCUCAAAGAAGGAAACUCCUCGGCAGGGUGCUCACAAAGCAGUCCCUGCGGCGAGAUUGGGAGUUUCUGGUGAGGCAGAAGGUCGAGCGCGCCGUGGACAGAAUCUACAACGAGGCCAGGGAGGGCGGGUGUUCGGACAUGUUAAAGUGGUGGACCAUGAUGAGCACGGAUACGAUUGCCCAGUUGGCGUUUGGGGAGUCGUUCAACUUGCUUGAGCUAGGAGAGAGCUCGUCUCGAUCCAAAACACAAUACGCUACGAGCUACCCCCUUCUCCACUUCAUUCAAUCCAUAAAUCCAUUCAAAUCAUCAGCAGGCGCUCCCGACGCGCAAAAGGUGUUCAGGGUAUACGGCAAGCGGGCUGUGGCAAACGCCUUCAAGAACAGCCGUGACAGGCCGAAUUUAUUCGCGCGCAUGAUCGACGCGAGCAUGGCGCGCGAGAUGGAGUGGUUGAACGAAGGGGUCAUUGAGGCCGAGGCCAACAGCAUGAUCAUCGGCGGCUCAGACACGACCUCGGUGACUCAGACCUACCUGGUAUGGGCCGUCUUGAAGCGGCCAGAUCUGAGAGAAGCGCUGGAGGAAGAGGUCGACGGUUUGGAGCCGGGAUUCGACGAUGCCGCAUUGGAGAAGCUACCGCUUUUGAACGCCGUCAUUGAUGAGACGCUGAGGUUGUACGGCGGCGCGCCUGGCCACCUCGCGCGGAUCGUGCCGCCAAAGGGUGCUACGGUAGGCGGGUACUUCAUCCCGAGUAACUACACCGUCGAGACGCAGGCUUAUACCCUCCACCGGAACCCGGAGGUCUGGCCUGACCCGUACCGUUUUGACGAGACGCGGUUCUUGGAUCCCAGUCAGCUUACACAGCAGCAGAAGCAGCUCUUCUUACCGUUCGGGGCGGGUUCCCGGAGCUGUAUUGGGGUUGAGCUGGCGAAAAUGGAGCUUCGCCUAGCUACGGCUGUGUUCUUCCGGAGGUGUAAGGGCUUGAAGCUUGCACCCGGAACGACGGAUGAGUCAAUGGAGAUGGAGAAUUACUUCUUGAUAAGCCCACGUGGGCACAAGUGUGAAGUAAUAAUGGCUUGA